AUGAAAAUGAGUCCUUAUGUUAGUCGUCUUUGCUUGAACUGGGCUUGUGUGUACGUUCAGUUGCUGUGCACUCUAAUCAAAUAUUCACUCAGUUAUGCUCUCGACUUUAUUCUGCUCCAGUUCUCAAACGUACAGAUAGGUGAUUCUUCACCGUAUAUGCAAAGUACAUCAUCUAUGUACAUGGACAUUUCUCCGCCAUAUUUAGCUGGUCCACAAAGGUUACCUGAAGGAACACAAGGUCCGUCUACGUACACAUUAUACUCCAAUGCUGUUGAACAGCUGACGAUGCAAGGUCAACGUAGGCGGUCCAAUUCCUUUACUCGAAAUCUUCUUGCUUUUCUGAGACGCCAGAAGGUUCGUUCACAGCCACAGAGUUUACCGACGGAAAUGGGUGCGAUGAAAGCGCAACAAAUGCGUCCUCAGGUUGGACAACCUCAGUCAAACGGAGCCUGGUUUCUUGCAUAUUACUACGAACUGAAUCAGCAGGUGACUUCAGCUUACGAGGAAGUCUUUCAGAUUGGAGAACCUUUUGUUGGUUGUUAUGACCAAGUGAUUGUGGAUGGGUUGUGCGCUCCCUCUGAAGCUGGACGCUUUUGUCUUGGUGCAAUCCAAAAUGUUGAACGUAACUCUCAGGUCGACCAGGCCCGUCGCCAAAUUGGUAUGUUGGGUAACGGAGUAAGGAUAUAUCGUGUUGGCGAGAACGUUUAUGCUGAAUGCCUCUGUGAGAAAAUUUUUGUUCAGAGUCCCUUGUAUGCACUGCAAGCAAAGGACCUUCCUCAUACUGUUUACCGUGUGGAACAAGGAGCAACAAUGGAGAUAUUCAAUAGUGAUUUUUUCUUAUCCCUUCUGCAGGAGAGCGCAGCAAAAGGAUACCGUGCAGUCCAGUCUUUACAGUCGUUAUGUCACAUGCGUAUCAGUUUUAUCAAAGGUUGGGGAAAAGAUUAUCGAAGACAAACCAUCACUGCCACUCCGUGCUGGAUUGAUGCACAACUUAAAGAUCCUUUGGGGAAAUUGGACAAAGUACUCAGCCAGUGUGGUGGACCGACCGGGACUGUUUAUAGUUUUACAUAG